AUGUUUCCAAUCCAACACAGAAACCCUCUUGAAAUCAAGCCUUCAGUCUCAACCAUCCGUGAGACAAACGAUCCCUCAACGCUGGACCCUGAGAUUACUGUUGUCAAUUGGGUCAACGUGUCCGAUCAGGUGCAGUUGAAUACCAGCCAGCAAGAUGACUCAGUUCAUUCAGCUAAAUCAGGCAAUGACACAGAGCUUACAGAGUGGCUGAAGAGGAACACCUCUCAGUCACCUAUGACCAGCAAUGAUCCCAGAGUAACGCAGCAGUCUCCAUCAUGGCUGCCUGUGCUGGAGAAACACGACAUCCCCAUCGUGGUGGGAGUGGGUGUAUCUCUGGCCUUCAUCUUCAUCACUGUUACCUUCUAUUCAGUGGUCCAGAAGAACGAAGCUGCGCCAACCAGCCGAGCAGCUCAGAGGAAUCUAGGUGUCCCUGUAAGACACACUGAACGCCGAGCUGCAGGACGCACAUACGAAAACAGAGCUUUUGAAGAUGAUGACUGUGUGGCAGUGAUUGAGCAGAGCCCAAACACAUCAGACACCAGAGCAAGACCUCCAGGACCGAGCCUGGUCACAGUGCAGAUGGAGCCCACAUUUGAGGAUCUUCAGGAGGACACGCCACCUGCUCUGGACAACCACUCAGUCACUGUAGAAACAUAUCCUGAGCCAAUCCUUGACACAAAGAUUGAUCCGUCUCUGGAGGAGGAGAAGGGCUGCACCUUGUCACAGCCGAGCAUCCAGCUGCAGUGUGCAGAGGACUGGACCAGUAACAGAGGAGACAACCGCAGCCCAUGCCAGGACGCCUUGCCUCCCCCAUCAUCCUUACCCUCCCGCUCACCUUCCCCCUCCCCACCGUCCAGACGUGAGGAGGGGCUGCGCUCCUCAUUAACCCUGCAAAGUGCAGAGGCGUGUGCAGCACCCAUCCACCAUAGCCUCAGCAUCUCACAUGGCAACCCCCCCCUGCUCCUUUCUCACCACGUCUCCCUAGGCCUCACUACGGUCGCAGUGGAUGUCCAUUUUUACCCAGCAUCUACUGCUUCGGUGGCAGUGGGCACUAGCACUCAUAUCAAUUCAGUCUCUAGCUCUACUUCAGUGGCUGCGCCUCUGUUCAGUCCCCCGUUAGUUAACAACCAGGAGAAUGACCAAUCAACUGCCAGAUUUCACCAGUCUAAGUAGCGACAGAUUAAAGUAUCAAGUCUAAAAUAUCCUCAUAUAACAUAAAUCAAGAUUAAGACAAGGCGUCAAAUAUAUUUGAUAAUUUUAAAGGAGGAGAAAAUAGAGAAAAACUUUUUGGCAUUUAGUAGAUAAAUUAUCUAUUAAUUAGACUAAGGUGAAUUUUUAUCUAAUGAUCUAUCUGAGCCUUUGGCUACAUCCACAGUAAUACGUUUUUAUUUUAAAAGUGUAACUAUUGCUAUGUUUACAGCGACCUUUCCUAUCUUCAGUGUGUGUGUGGUUGACUCAUUGCCCAACAGUGUGCC